UGUGCCAUAGGCGAAGUGUCAAUUUCGAUAGCAGUAGGAGUAGAGCUCCAAAAUUUUCGGAUUUUUAGGUCCCCUUGAGGGAUGUACCCAUCGCCAGGCCCCUAUCCGUGAUUUGUCUCUGGUUCCGAAGGUUAGUAGACAAAAGGCGGAGAAUGAACAGCGAACAAUGCGAGUUUGACACCACGGGAAGGAUUUUAAGACUGUUGCAGGAGUCUGCCCCAUUGACGGCUGGUAGUGAAUCAAUAACCUGGCUGACGUCGAAAAAUUCCCUACCUUUCUGGAGCCGGCGACUAAAUUGCAAUCUGCAGGGUAGUCAGCGGUGUCGCGGCGGUGAUCGAUAUCGAGACUACGACAUUGAAGUACCGGGUCGCGUAUGGUCGCUUUGGGGUGGGCUGCAUCCUAGGGCCCCCUUGUUUGACAGAAGGCUGCAGGGCCGUCAAGCUCUAGGCUGCUGUGUGGUAGCAUGCUGCGUGGCCAGCACCUUCCGCCACCUCGGCGACUGGAGCGGAAAGCUGCUCGACGCGAUUGUUGUUAAUGGGGACCGCUACUACCGCGCUAGUGUGGAGAAGAGCCAACGACAGGACCUGCACCUGAGUGUGGACGACAUGUGUGCCCAAUGCGACUUUCAGGACCUCCGCUUUCUGGUGCAGAUGGAGCUUGUGGCCUUCGGGUACUUGUACAGUGAUCCAGCUAGCGCAACCAUGAGCUUGCUUGAGGGUUUCAAGUACUUCUUCACACGGUUUCAAUCUGGUGUGCUGCAGUGUGAGGAUAGGUGCUUCGCCUUUGGGUACAACUUUAAUCUCGACGGCGGUUACUUCUUUUUUGAUUGCUCCGCAUGGGGCAAGCCUCUUUUUCCAGACGAUAUGGGCGCCUCCUACGUAUUGUUGGUUAAGCAUCUUCAGGGGCUGUUGUACUGCGUUGUGGUCACGCUCAACGUGCGGCGCCGGAACGUAGAGUACCGGCUCUAUAACGUGGACUUAGCUCACCUCUCCAGUGACCCCCAAAGAGCAAUGACGACAUCACUCAAGAGCCAAUCAGCCAUGCCUAGAUCUCAAUGAAAAAAACUUGGUAACCUUGCGGAACAUUAAUAUAUUAAGCAGAAUUAUAUUCCAAAUUUAGCUGAAUAAAAACAUGCAAGACAUUCCCGCCAUUUUAAAAACGUUAAAAA